AUGACCAAUCAAACCAACUCCUUAAAUUCAACGAUCGUCAAUCAGGCCAAAGCUAACACUGGUAAUAGCAAUCGACCACCUGGGUGUUUUUCGUGUAUAAUUGAGGAUAACAGUCCACUUGUUCAUUAUGAGGGUGUCUGGGUGCUGAGCGGCUCACAAUUCUCAACAACGCACAGUACAACUGUUGCGAAUUCUUCCGUUUCACUCCGUUUUAACGGAAGUGGUAUUGUUUUGUUUGGUACGGUUCCAGCAAGCAACGAGACUACCCCACCCCCUACAGCCGUUUAUCUUCUCGAUGAUUUACGACCCUUUUCAACAACCCUUCCUCGUGCCGUCAAAGACAUCCCCAAUCAACCGCUCUUCGCAUCGUCGCAGCCUCUUUCAUCAACGCAAGAGCAUGUCUUAGUUGUCAAUGUCAAAGAUGCCCAGACGCCUUUCACCGUAGAAAAAUUCUUCGUUGUACCGAGAAUUAAUACAUCGAAGAAUAUGAUGGUGGGGCAGGUGACAACGGACGGUGUGGAGACUCGAACUUCCACCUCCACCAAGUCUUCGGCGACAUUGCAAAGCUUUCAGACUUCCCAGGCGGCCUCUCAAUCCUCUCAAAACUCCCACAAAAUUCUUGGAGGGGUGUUGGGCAGUGUCUUCUUUCUUCUUAUAAUUGCGGUCAUUGCGGUUCUUGCUGUCUGGCGGAAACGGCGAGCUGCAAGGCACGUCAUCGUUGAAUGUCCAGCUGCAGCCAAGGCCCGUCCAGAGUCUAUCUUACGGAAUGAGAGCGCUCUUUGGUCUCCGCCUCCCAGAAGCCAGUAUUCACGAAGCGACGGCAGAAAUUACUCGCGAAGUGCCAGUGAUGGAAGGUCGAUUGUUGAUGGUGUUCCUCCUCCGCUCCCACCAAAACCCAUUCCUUCAUCUGCUUCAUAA